ACCACCAUAGAAGACUGGGUAGGACCUUCACACCAACACUUCUCACAUUCUCAGACCACCAUAGAAGACUGGACCACCAUAGAAGACUGGGUAGGACCUUCACACCAACACUUCCCACAUUCUCAGACCACCAUAGAAGACUGGACCACCAUAGAAGACUGGGUAGGACCUUCACACCAACACUUCUCACAUUCUCAGACCACCAUAGAAGACUGGGUAGGACCUUCACACCAACACUUCUCACAUUCUCAGACCACCAUAGAAGACUGGACCACCAUAGAAGACUGGGUAGGACCUUCACACCAACACUUCUCACAUUCUCAGACCACCAUAGAAGACUGGACCACCAUAGAAGACUGGGUAGGACCUUCACACCAACACUUCUCACAUUCUCAGACCACCAUAGAAGACUGGUUGAAAGAACUCCUGGAGGUGAACAGCACCAUGCUGGUGUUGAAUGUGGUCUUAGUCCAGGACCACCACUGGAGCAGAUACUUCUGUGCCUUCCAUGUUCAAGACUACAGCACAAACACUGUGGAACAAAUGAUUAUGUUCAUCAACCACACUUUGAUGUCAACACAUGGAAAUGGAAAUGACUCCCUUGUCAUCCAAACCACCGAUUUGAGCAUCAAGCAAAUAAUGCCACAGAAUUGUGUGGAGGAAAUGAUGUCAACCAUCUAUGGAGAAUACGUCUGGCCUGAAACCUUCCCACAAGUCAACCAAGUCAUGGGAUGCACGGAGCCAACUUCGGAGAAAGCCUUCCGCCUUUGUAAAUUACACAUUGAAACGGACAACACCAGCUGGUCUGAACCAGAUAUGACAAAGUGCGGCCCACUUGUGACCAUACCCGACCUCGAAAACAUCACUGUCACCACAGAUAACGUGGAUGAAGUCGCGGGCAUCAUUCAGGAUCUGGUAAGUUCUCAGCUUAGCAACGCGACGCAGAUUCCGUCUGGCGAGCUGAACACGCUGGUGGAGAAACUCAAGCAGGUGGUGGAGUUAGGUGCCGCCCAGCCAGCACUCAGCAGCAAAGUUUUACACGUCUUCUCCGACAUCUUGAUUUCUGAGACGGAUGUUGCUCCAGUGGCUGGCAGCGUCCUCUCCAUGACGGACAGGAUGGGAAACAACAUGGAUUUCCCAGGAGAGUCACUGAGUUUGACCGCUCCUUCAUUGGCUCUGUCCAUGAUCGACGUGCACCCCCACGGGUUUGGCGGCUUAACAUUCGGCGCGUCCUCCACUACAUCACUGCAGGAACCAAAUGUGUUUGUCAACCGCAGUUUUGAGGGUAAACCAAUCUCAGGUGCAAACGUGACCAUCUCUCUGCCCUCUGCUCUUCACAACUUCCUUCCACCUGGAGCCAGAAAUGCAACUCGGGUCCAGUUCCAGUUCUACGGAACGCAAGACCUCUUCCAGGACCCGCAAACCGCCAACACGUCGACACCCGGCGACUUGUCCUUGAACUCCUACGUCGUGUCCGCCAGCAUCAACGGCAGCCACGUCAACAACCUGGACCACGGCGACAGGGUGGUGGUCACGCUGCGCCAUCGACAGGACAAACGGCCGGACGACAGGGUGAAGUGUGUCUUUUGGGAUUUCCAGGACAACGGAGGCCAGGGUGGAUGGAGCAGCGUGGGUUGUGAAACACGGAGUAUUUCUCCUUCUCAGACCAGCUGUCUUUGUGAACACCUCACACACUUCGCUGUGCUCCUGGACGUGUCCAGAGAAGCCAUCAGUGAAGCCGACAACGACAUUUUAACUGUCCUCUCCUACAUGGGUUGUGGUGUAUCCUCCAUCUUUCUGGGCAUCACACUCCUCACUUACCUCUCUUUUCAGAAGCUGCGUGGAGACUACCCAUCUAGAAUCCUCAUCAACCUGUCAGCCGCCCUGCUGGGUCUAAGUCUGAUCUUCCUGCUGGACUCGUGGUUGUCGUCCUUCUCCAACUACUUCCUGUGCAUCGUGACCGCCGCCACGCUGCACUACUUCCUGUUGGCUUCCUUCGCCUGGAUGGGCCUGGAGGCGGUGCACAUGUACUUCUCCCUGGUCAAGAUCUUCAACACCUACGUGCCCGCCUACAUCCUCAAGUUCUGCGCUGUGGGCUGGGGUGUGCCCCUGCUGGUAGUCUGCCUGGUGCUGGCCGUAGACAAAGAUGCUUACGGCAGCUCAGCAUCCUCCCAGUCUGCAGCCUUGCUUCACUCCACUCAGUCCUUCUGCUGGCUUCAGAAUGACGUCUUCUUCUACGUGACGGUGGUGGCCUUGGUGCUUCUGGUCCUCUUGUGCAACACCUGCGUGUUCCUGGUGGUCCUGGUCCAGAUCCGCCGGAUGGGCGCCAACAAGCCGAGGGCCCACAGCCGCCGCAGCGUGCAGGACUUGAAGGCGGCGGCUAGUCUCACGGUGCUGCUGGGCCUCACCUGGCUGAUGGGCUUCUUCUCCUUCGGACCCGGCAGAGUGGUGAUGAUGUACCUGUUCACCAUCUGUAAUACCUUGCAAGGCUUCCUGGUCUUCUUCUUCCACUGCCUGAUGAAGGAAAACGUGCGCAAACAAUGGCGGCUCCACCUGGGCUGUGGACCUUUAAGACUCCGUCAGGUGUCAGACUGGAGCCGCUCCACCACGCCCGGCGGUCGCAAAAACCAGGUCAUGACCUCGGACUCUGUCCACACCUCCUCUCUGGGGGACAUCUCCCACUCCUCCACCGGCUCCAACAAGCACAGGAUGUACCUGGGCGAGCAACACCCCAAAUGACAACAAGUAAAUAGUGGUCAAGUGUGUGCAAAUGCAAAAUGUCUUUCUAAGUUGAUUAUUUGUCCAAGCUGUGAAGUAUAAAAGAUGUCCUGUU